AUGUCUGGUUUGCAAUCAUCCAACUGGCGCAGCGGCGCCUCGCCUAGGCCCGAUAGCCCCAACGGCGGUGCCGGCGACGCAGACGCCCUCAACGAGGGCCGGCGCAUCUACCUGGGGAACCUGUCGUACAGCGUCAAGCCGGCCGAGGUGGAGCAGAUGCUCUGCGACAACGGGCUGGGCCAGUUCGAGAAGAUCCACAUCUCGGUCGACGCCUUCACGGGCCGGAACCCGGGCUACUGCUUCGCCGAGUUCGGCAGCCGCGAGGACGCCGAGCGCGCCCUGGCCUCGCUCGCCGGCGUGGCCAUCCACGACCGCCCGCUCAAGGUCGGGCCGUGCCACCCCAAGGGGUCGUCGCAGUCCGAGAGGAGGGCGCCCGGAGGAGCUGGAGCCACGGCCGGGGCCGGAGCUGGGGGCCGCGAGUACCAGCCCACUUUUGAGAGGUGGGGGGACUGGAAGGGCGAGAGGCGCGGGGCCGGCCGGGCCGAGCAGGGCCCGUAUGGGGCGCUUUCGCGCGUGGCUGAGAUGAGCCUGGCCGAGCAGAUGCCGAGGGUCUUUGUUGGCGGGUUGGGGAAGAUGCUCGACCAGCCCCAGAAUGACGAGGAAGUCAGGGAGUACUUCGCCGGGUUCAAUGUCAAGGCCAUCAGCAAGCGGAUCACCCCUCAUCCGACGGCGCAGGAGAGGCCUGGGAAUCACCACUACUGCUUCGUCGAUCUUGAGAGCGUCGAGGAGGCAGAAGCCGCCAUUGCGAAGCUGAACGGGAAAUCCGUGCCCAGUGGCACACUGCGCGUCCAGCUGGCCAAGCGGCCUGCCGCGCUCGCGCCGGGGAGGACUGGGACGUGGCGGGGACGAGCGAAGCCCGAAGAAGGGCGGGGACAGAAUGGCGAGGCAGCGGCGGCGCCAACAGAGACGACGGCUGAGGCGUAA